UAUCGACAUUGAAGAGGAUGUUUCUCAUCCGACAUUUCUUGUCGCUAAUUACGAUUGUCAUACCUUCACUUCUGAUUCCGAUGAUGAACUUUACGACUCGGAUGAUGAUCCGUACUUUUCUCCUGAUUUUAAUUUUUUGUAGAGGAUCUCUUUUACUAUUCUUCUUUCACCGCCGGUUGAAGAUUUCAGAGGCGUCCAUUAAACGGCCUGACCUGAUUCGGAUUGUUCCAUCUCCUACUUCAUUCCUUUCUCCUCAUUGCUGGACUUCCUUCUUGGUUCGAUUUCCAAACCUCUUCGAGUUUUUACCAGGUUGAAGAUCUUCAUCUUCUAGGAAUCAUACCGAUUUGGAAGUCGUUCUUAGAAGUUCUUCGUCCUGUUAAAUAUGUCCUGGAAAUUUUAUUGAUAGAAUUUUAUUUUUUUUU